AUGGCCCGGAGAGAUAUCAGGGUAGUUGUUUGUGGAGACGAUGGGGUUGGAAAGAGUACGAUUAUUACCUCAUUGAUUAAAGAACGAUUUUACGACUUGCCUCCGGGACUGGUCUUGCCGGAAGUCUCGAUUCCACCCGAGGUGACUCCGGAUAUUACAACCCAUCUAAUCGAUACAUCCUCCCGGCCAGAAGACCGUUACCAUUUAGAAUCUGAGAUCAGGAAGGCACAUGUCGUGGUCAUCAUCUACUCCGUCGAGGCGCCUGUAUCGUUUGACAGGAUCACGACUUACUGGCUUCCAACUAUACGAUCGUUGGGUGUGAAUGUACCCGUCAUACUCGUUGGUAAUAAACUGGACUUGAGAGGCGGCAAUGAUGUCUCAAAUGAGGCUUUCCAAUCCGAGCUGGCCCCACUGAUGAGGGAAUUCAAAGAAGUCGAAACAUGUAUAGAAUGCAGUGCGCUGGCCUCAGUUAACAUCAGCGAAACCUUCUAUCUUGCUCAGAAUGCCGUCCUUCAUCCCACCGCACCCCUUUACGACUCUCGAGAACAUAUCAUGAAACCUGCCUGUGUCGAUGCUCUCACUCGGAUAUUCAAGCUGAGCGACAUAAACAAAGAUCAAGUAUUGGACGAUGAAGAAUUACAUGAGUUUCAGAGGAAAUGUUUUGGAGUGCCGCUUCAAUCAAAAGAACUUACCACUAUCAAAACUGAUGUGCUCAAGAGAAACCCUCUAUUUGUAACAGGUGAAGGUCAUAUCACUGAGGAAGGCUUUUUAUUCCUGCAUACAUGUUUCAUUCAAAGAGGGAGAAUGGAAACCGUAUGGGGCGUACUCAGAGCGUUCGGCUAUGGUGAUGAUUUGAGUCUUCGUGAAGCAUUUCUCUCUCCCAGAUUUGAUGUGCCGGCAGACUGCUCAGCCGAACUCAGCCCAUCUGGCUACACUUUUUUCACAGAUUUAUUCGAAGCAUUUGACAAGGACUUGGAUGGGGCACUCAACCUUGAAGAAUUGACAAAUCUUUUCAGUACAUCCCCUGGUAAUCCGUGGCUCAAUCAUGGUUUUCCCGAUACCACAGUGACCAACGACGCAGGUGCUGUCACCCUGCAGGGAUGGCUGGCCCAAUGGAGCAUGACCACUUUACUAGAUCCGCGGGUGACCCUUGCUUACCUAGCCUACUUGGGGUACCCAUCACCAACCACAACUGCAUUGACCGUCACCAAGCCCCGCAAGGCUGAGCGGAAAAAGAAAAAUAAGGUCAAUCGUACGACCUAUCUCAUUUACGUCUUUGGAGCUGUAGGUUCCGGGAAAAGCUCUAUUUGUCGCAAUCUAGCAGGAAAACGUUACAUGGAGGAAACUACCCAUUCCGGUAGUCUUACCGUCGUCAACAGUGUUGAAUACAAAGGAGCAGAAAAAUAUCUGGUUGUUCAAGAAUUCGCAGCCUGGGAAUCUAGUCAAAUUCUGAGGAAUUCUAAGAAACUGGGGAUGGCAGACGUUCUGGUGUUUGUCUAUGACAGCUCAGAUACCAAUUCAUUUUCCUAUAUCAGUAACUUAAGACAACAAUUCAAAGUCGACCAUGUGCCCACUCUUUUUGUGGCAAGCAAGGCUGACCUGGACCUUGCCCAACAAAGACAUGAAGUCCAGCCAGACGUUUAUUGUCGGAAGUUGAGUUUGCGCGUCCCAGUCGCUGUCAGCAUGAAGACCGAUCAAAAUGCCGAUCUGUGGCCCAUCAUAUGCGACAUCGCGACGAACCCGAACUCGUCGAUACCCGGAGGGGCCGAGAAGCCGACCGAUCGAUUAACGCUCUAUCUGUCCAUCGGUGGUCUGAUCGGCGCCGGCUCCGCAUUGGUCUAUGUGGCGUACAAACAAUGGCAGAAACCUUCGGGCGGUUGGCUCUCUUGGCUGACUAUUACCACCGCUACCGUCGCCGACUUACCCCGAAGAGACUUGUAA